AUGGGUUGGUUCACCUCCUUCCUCUAUUCCCAACUAUUCGUCACUCUCCCCAUCCCAACCCACAACUUCACAAACCAAACCAUAAUCAUAACCGGAUCCAACACCGGUCUCGGUCUCGAAGCCGCUCGUCACAUUUCCCGUCUGAACGCUCGUCUCCUCAUCCUCGCCGUGCGUUCUCCAACCAAAGGUCACGCCGCAAAAGCAUCCAUCCUAGCUAGUACCGGCCGUCCCGAAUCCAGCAUCGAAGUCUGGUCUCUAGAUAUGCAAUCUCCAUCUUCCAUUCAAGCUUUCUGCGCAAAAGUUAACAAACUCCCCAGAAUUGACGCCCUGCUUGCUAAUGCGGGGGUUAUCACGAAAUAUUUUAAGUUGGUGGAAGGAUAUGAAAGUACGGUUAUGACGAAUGUGAUGGGGACUUUUCUAUUAGCAUUGGGGAUAUUACCGAAAUUGAAAGAGUCGGCGAAGGAAUUUGAUAUCCAGCCUAGAAUCUCAAUUGUAGCGUCAGAUUUACAUUGGAUCACCAAAUUCAAAGAAAGGAAAGAAGAGGAUAUUUUCAAAGCGUUAAAUGAUGAAAAAACAUCAGAAUUAGAUUUAGAAAGAUACUCCACGACCAAACUUCUCCAAGUCCUCAGCGUCCGCGAGCUAGCUCACAAACUUACUCGUGACUCCGAAUCUGUAUCUCCAUCUAUCAUUAUCAAUUGCAUGACUCCGGGAGCGUGCAAAUCCGAUUUCCAUCGCGAAGAUGAGGGGUUGGAGAAAUUCAAAAAAUGGGUCUUGAGUACUCUGAUUGCGCGGAGUACGGAAGUAGGGAGUCGAGCUUUGGUGGCGGGUAUUGCGGCGGGGGAGGAAAGUCACGGGGAGUAUAUGGCAGAUUGUUUGGUGGCUGAAACCGGUCCACUUGUGAGAGGACCCGAGGGUAUGAAGUUGCAGAAGAAGGUAUGGGAUCAAUUAGUGAGGGAACUGGAGACGAUCCAACCUGGGAUUUCCUCAAUCAUCUAG